AUGGAGAGCAAUAACGAAAGCAGCGAGACUUGGGAAGUUCCCAUCAUGCUCAGCCCGGACUACGAGGAAAUUGCUAGGAUCAAUCCCUUCUACGACAAGAUCAUGGAUAUGUGGAACAAAUCCGCUCAGGCCGCAACUGAAAUGAUCCUCUCCUCAGAAGGCUCUCCAAGUCUCUCCUCUCCGUCGUCACAGUCGACCCAUUCCGGAAACGAAAAGUCUUGUGUUCAUCGAGAAGCAUCUGCAUCUCUGCUGAGAGAAUGCCAGUGCUAUGACGAUCAUCAUGUACCUAAGCAGCCAUGCACUUUGCUCCAGAACGGAAACGAGCAUAAGCCUUUGUAUCAGACCCAAGACGGGCUUCGAAUUGGACAAACUGCUCUUAUCGAGAAUGGUGAUAGUUUCAGAAACGUGCUCCCCCGCUCUGUCCACCCCGUUGAGCACUAUCCGCAUGAUCAGGUAGAUGCGUCCUGUGUGGAACCUGCCCUCAUGCCAACAAAGACCACGCACAAGAAGCUCUUUGGUGAGAACGGCUGGCUUGGAUGCACUGCCGACAUGAAGGAUUUGUCGAGGGACAGUCAUAAGUUCAGAGGCUUGAGAGGUCUGGGCAGGAAGGUUAUCAAGCAAGUGGAAGAACUCGCGGAGGAUGUGGCCAGGGCUCACCCAAACCCCAUCAUCCAUGCCACCCUUCGCCCAAGGCUUGUUCCCGAAUCAACCAUUCCCAUCUCGCUAGAUCCUCCGACACAGGCCAAGCUGUACUCGGAAAUGGAGGUUAUGCUCUGCGUCAGCGCCAAUAAGUUCCUUCUCGGACAAUACAAUGAGGGCCGUCUGUCUGAAGAGUCGAUUCGCAAGGUCACCAACUAUUGGGGAUCGAAAAACCGGCCUCAGGUCAUUGAGUUCCAGUUCGACCAGGCCACCCAGCGCCGGCUGAUUCUGGCAAAUGUCCGGACUCUGCGUUUCAGCGGCGAAUGUUCCUCUAACCUAGUUCUUCUCAAGUCGAACCUGAAUAAUUGGAAGGCACUCAGUAAGGAGAUGGGCGUUCGUACGUUCUGUUUCCCCGAUAGCGCUGUUCGCAAGCACAUGCAUGACAUCCAUAAAUUACUGGAUAUGCUGGACGCGCCUCUUACUACCUAUCUCACGUUUGAAGAGCUCCAGAUGAGCAUACUUUCCUUGAUGAAGUCCCAUCUCGAGAAGCUUUGCCAGGUUGAUGGUAGCCAUGAGAAGUCGCAUCUCCCCAGUCGAAAGUACGAUGGACAUCAUUUUCAGGCGCAUUGA